CUGAGCUUGAGCGUCCCGGGCGCGCAGAGGGCGGUGAGCGGUGGUGGUGAUGCCUUCAACCCUGCUAGUGAUUCCCGGCUAACUUGGCUGUCGCCCUCACUCCGCUGCCGGGCGGAGGCGAGUGGGAGGAGGGAUCUGGAACUGGGGACUGCGGAGCUCGGUGGAGCCGCCGUUUUGUAGGUUGCGGAAGCGAUAGGUGCACGCGAUGUGCCAGCGUCAGAACUGCAGGUGAUGGAUCUGCCAGGACGAAGGUUUUCCACUUUAAGAGUCCUCACCUGCUCUUUGAAUCAACAAAUAUUUAUAACAUGCCUAAUACGCCCCAGACACUGACCCAUAACGAUUUAGGAGUGCAGCAGCGAACAAGGCAGAAAUUCUAGCCUUCUUGGAAGCAAACCUUAAACAUGAUAUUUGAGAGAAGAUGGGAAAGGGCUGCAAGGUUGUGGUUUGUGGAUUGUUAUCUGUGGGGAAAACAGCGAUUUUGGAGCAGCUCCUUUAUGGAAAUCACACCAUUGGAAUGGAAGAUUGUGAGACAAUGGAGGAUGUAUACAUGGCUUCUGUGGAGACUGAUCGGGGCGUAAAGGAGCAGUUGCACCUCUAUGACACCAGAGGACUGCAGGAUGGGGUGGAGCUUCCAAAGCAUUACUUUUCACUCGCUGAUGGCUUUGUCCUCGUGUACAGCGUGAAUAACCUUGAAUCCUUUCAAAGAGUAGAGCUUCUGAAGAAAGAAAUCGAUAAGUUCAAGGACAAAAAAGAGGUAGCCAUUGUUGUAUUAGGAAACAAACUCGACCUUUCUGAGCAGAGGCAAGUGGAUGCUGAAGUGGCACAACAGUGGGCAAGAAGCGAGAAAGUGAGACUGUGGGAGGUGACUGUGACAGACCGGAAAACUCUGAUUGAGCCGUUCACUUUAUUAGCCAGUAAGCUCUCCCAGCCCCAGAGCAAGACCAGCUUCCCUUUGCCUGGGAGAAAAAACAAAGGCAACUCCAGCUCUGAGAACUAAAAGUCAGACUCCACAACGGCAUGUGAACAGUGAUCCCCAGUAAGUGCAUAAACAUGGUACAUAAGAUGAAUUCAUAAAAUAGGUCCUUCAUGCCUACCUUUGGUCCUUAGGGAACCCUACAGAACCCUAAUAAUGCACUGUAGGUUGUAAUUAAACUAUUGGUAUGUUUAUUUCUAUUGCCUGAUAUAAAAUAUAUUCUCAUUCUU